UUCCCCAGUCUGCGGGAAACCCAAAUUUUCCAGAAGUUCGCUCGGCCGGAUCAUCCGGGGACAAUAUGCCCAGAGAGGAAUUUCCCCAUGGAUCGCCAUGCUCCAAAGAAACGGACGACCCUUCUGCGGAGGGUCCCUCAUAGGCAACCGGUGGGUUGUGACAGCUGCUCACUGUCUUCAUGAAGAUCUGGAUCCCGAAAACCCAGUUUUCCGAAAUGCAGACGUGAUCAGCCCAUCUUCCUUCACCGUUAUCUUGGGGAAGCACCGAACCCAGAGGCCGGACGACACGGAGCAAACCCUCCAACCUCAGGCCAUCCACAUCCACCCUUCCUACAAGGCGGCCACCUUUGAGUACGACAUCGCCGUGGUCAGACUCUCCAAAGAAGCAACCCUGAACAACUACGUGAUCCCCAUUUGCUUCCCAGACGGAUCGCACCAGACAGCCAACAGCCUGGCAAACGUUCUAGCCAAGAUUGAAAUCCCUCUGAUCGGCCACGAAGUGUGCAAGGCAGCCUACGCCAAGCUGCAGAAAAUUGUCACGACGGACAUGAUUUGUGCUGGAGAGGAACAAGGAGGAAAAGAUGCUUGCAGUGGGGACUCUGGGGGUCCCAUGGUGGCUUGGAGCAACCGGACUGGCCAAUGGCAACUCCUAGGGACUGUGUCGUGGGGCGACGGAUGCGGCUUGCAAGACCGCUAUGGGGUCUAUUCAAACGUCCUCUUGUCUGUCCCUUGGAUAAGGCAAGUGGCCGAGAUGGAAGACUGAGGCCUCACCUCCGGAGAGUUUCCCUUCCGUCCUUCCUUCCUUCCUUCCUUCCUUCCUUCCUUCCUUCCUUCCUUCCUUCCUUCCUU